CAAUACACAUCAUCAAUGGGCUCGAGAUCGACCAUUAUAUUAAGCAGGUAUUACGAUCAUUUAUAUGAGGAAAUCUCAAAGUGCGGAGAUGUACAGGAAGUGUGUUGGAUGAGGAGGGCGGUGGAGGUGCCAAGACCAGCUGCUGGGUCUCUCUUCGUCAACAACACAACAGCUCCAGUUACUGGACUUCGAAAUAUUCUUGAAAUGGACAAGCAGAAGGCUAAAAUUUUAUUCAACCUUCUCCGAUCCAGCUCUAAUGAAAAAGUUGUCAGAGGUUUACGAGAAAUCAAGAAAAGGUUACUGACAAGCAAAGACAAUCUGGGGAUUUUCCGGAGCCUUGGCCUAGUUCCACAGACACUGAAACUAAUUCAACGACCAAAUGAAGACAUUCUUAAUGGAUCUCUGAGUAUCUUGAGUGGCUGCUGCGCAGAUGAAGCAGUCAGAAGUGAAGUAUACAAUGUUGGUGGCAUAACUCAUCUACUAAAUGUACUGAAAUGUGCCAAGUCAGAGUCCCUACAGGUGCGUGCAUGCAAGACAAUAGCUAACCAGGCACAGCACAAAUCCAGCUGUGAUGUAUUAUUUAAGCUGAAUGCAAUUGAUGUAGUCAUUGAGAUGCUAACGAAGUGUAAGGAAGAUGAGACCAAGAUACAUGCUAUUAGGAACUUAAGGAUGUUGGCCAACAAUGGGGAGCACUGCCAAAAGAUUGUGAUGAGUAAGGGCAUCCUGCACAUCUGCUCUGCUGGAUUUGGUUCUGCUACAAAUCCACCGAGUUCUGAUCUUCUACGUUCUACCAUAAAGGCCAUAGCUCAUUUCUCACGGGUAUCCCAUCCAGCAUGUGUGAGUCAGAUAAUGGAAGGGACUGAUAACAUGAUGACGGUGUCAAAAAUGUCGGCCAGCCCAGAUUUGGAAAUUUACGAGUGUAUUCUGCGAACCAUUUUAAACAUAGUGCAGACGUGUUUUGAGAAGACCACAUACAAACGAGAUUAUCUGGAUGUCGAUGUUAUUGAUCGUCUCUGCACUGCUCGUGCUCCUAAAAUCAUUUUGACCGAGAUUCAGAAUAGAAGAGUGAAUAGCAUUGAAGAGGAGAAGCUUAUAUUGGCACUCUGCAAGUUUUGUGAAGGACCAAGUGAAUGUAGCAACUUUGCACAUGGCACACUUUCUGAACCCCCAACUUUUAUGGGAAGGGCCUGGAUGCAGUUGCUAGAGUGUGGAGGUGCAGCGAUGCUCGUCUCUCUCUUGAUCACUCAUCGCCAUCACGAAAAACUCCGACCAGCUAUCUUGAAAGCCAUACUUGGUGUAGAGUACAAUUACUCAUUUAAAGAUACAGUUCUAAAGCACUUUCUUGCUGCCAAACUUCUGCCCCAACUUGCUGAACAGUUUGAUGAGCUAAUGGCUGAGUACAGGAAGGUACGCAGAGACUCCAAACCAGGAAGCUGCGUUCACACACUUAAGACUGACUCCUCGGAUAUGGAAAAUGAAAUGGAAGAAAAUGAAGAAAAAAUUAUAGAAGAUUCGGAUAAUAGUAAAAAGGAUGAUAUGAAAAGAAAUGAGGUAAAUGGUGAAAAGAUCCAAGUUCAGAGAGUGAAAGGAAAUGGAGAUUGCAAUGUAGUUAAAAAGUGCAUUAAUCUUAAUGAAAGUGUUCCGCAGGUUUCUCCUACCUCACCAGAGCCUAUGAUUAAGGGUUCCUCAAAUAGUGUAUCUAGAACUUCUCAAAGUGAAGUGCUUGAUCCAACUCCCAGCUCUUCCAGUGGUGAAGAAUUAACAUCACAUGUAACAGCUAAACAACUUAAAACACAUAUGGAGAUCUUCCAGCAGAAGUCAUUACCUAGUAAUUCACAUGCCAGAGAGUGCACCAAAAUCUCAGUUGAUGCCUUUGGUGCUGGUUCUUCAGAGAGCUAUUGGUUAAAUAACCCUCGAAGUCCUGGAAUUCCUGACUACUAUAAUCCAAAGAGUCCUGGAAGUUUGUCGUGUUCCCCACGAAGUAAUCAUUCUGGCUCAGGAUCAAGUCAGUGUUCCCCUACGUGGUCUCCAGCUCAGGAACGUGGUGAAUUGCCACAGUUUUCACCUCCAAGUGGCUCUUCUCUUCAGAGUAAUGUAUUGAAUGUACCUCCUUGGCCUAUUGACUUUGUUUCUUCAUCAGCUCCAACGUCUCCAUAUUCAUCACCGCCACAUUCUCCCUUGAUCCGCUCCCCACGGCGCUCCACAUCGCCAAUUAAAUUUCCUUUAGAUUGGGAGUACAAUGAUGAGGCUGAAAUAGAGCAUUCAGAUGAUGAUGGAAGAUUCUCCCCUUCUAUACUUGAUGCAAAGGGUCAUGACGAUCAUGAGGACAACAAAGAAGAAACAGAUAUAUUUGAAGAGGAAAAUUUAAUCAGCACUGAUGAUGAUAACACUCAAGAGGGAGGUGCCAGCAGUAUUGUACCAAAUAUUGGAGAGAGGUUAGUUGAUGAUUCAUUUACAAAUAACACGCAAGAAUUUGCCAAAGAUAUUGAUGAAAAGUUAGUCAUAAGUCCUACAGUUGGAAAAAGGUCGAGAGAUUCUAGUCCGAGUUGUUUAACUGUAGGUACACCUCAUGGGAAGAAAGUAAAAUGCGAGUCAGAAAUGUCGAACAUUACAGAACCUCUUGAGAAAAAUACAAACAUUCUUUCCAGCAGAGAAGUUGAAAUGGAUGAAUGUCAGUUAUCUUCAGGCAUUGUGUCUUCAGAAAAGGAAGCAGGAAAAGGGGCACUAACAGGAGCCGAUGGAGGUAAAUCUCCUUUUAUACGUCUUAACCAAAUCAAGUUUCGUGUGAGGAAGAGAGGGCUUGUCAAACGUCAAAUCAGCUAUCCUGUGGGAGAGACUAAGAAUGAAGCCUAUAGCUCAGUGGAGGUGGUAGAAAUGGGCCCGGAAGAGCAGCAGGUUGAUCAGCGACAAACCUGUCCUGAUCGUAGAGACAGCAGUGUUUGCUCUACGUCGGCGUAUUCUGAUCUGACCACUAAAGAGAUUCAAAGUUUGGAGCUGCUCGAAUUGGUGGUUCGUGUUAUUGGACAGGUUGCAAAUGUAAAGGAGGCAAUAAAUCCAGUGUGCCGAGAAUUUGUGCCUCGUAUCGUGACUUACCUCUCUAAUGUACAAGUCAUCCAUAAGUCAGCAACACGAAUGUUGGUUACAAUUGCCAGAAACCCUUUGUGCAUCCAGCCUCUCCUAGAUAGUCUCUUCAUUCCAUUCGUGGGAGUUGAACUGGGUGAGGCAGGAGACCCCGAGUCCCCAAACGGCUGUUCUCAGUGUCGCAUACUCUCUGACGGAGCUGUGGCUUUUCUUGAUCAGAUGGUGAACUUUUUCAACCAUGUUCAUCAGUAUGGACAGUGUGAAGUCUCGAACAGGCUCCAUCCUGCACGCGCUCACAGUUUGAGAGAGGGAUGCAUUAUGGCACUUCCGCAUGUAACAAGGUGCCCAAAACUUUUGCAUGACUUCAUGGUAUGUCACCCAACACUGGAUGUAAUCAUGAAUAUCCUACACUCCGAGAAACCUCCCAAUGAAGCGAGCUACAUGUAUGCAACAGCAGCCAUCUCAAGACUUGCCACAACACUUCAGCUGGAUAAUCAGUACAAGCCUGUCAUGUGUACUGUGUGUUUGCAUCAAGGAAAGCACACACCUGAGGAAGUUGCUGAACAUAUCAGGAUGCAACAGAAUAAGGACAAGAAGCUCAAUUACUCACUGGACAGUUCAUUUUUUUUCAACAAUUCUUCGGAAUCGGAGGAAAUUAAAACCAAAGAGUGCAAAUGGGAAAAUGAUAAGGUUAAGGAUGUGAUAUUCAAGCUGGAUGACGGUAGCACAAUAUCGGCUAAUAGGGAAUUUCUGUCCGAGAAGAACGAGGUACUGAGGGGCAUGUUAAUGGGAUCAUUUGUUGAGAGUGGCAGUUCGUACGUUAAAAUGCCAUUGACAAACAAGGCAGCGCUGGAAAUGUUAAUUCAUUUUAUAUAUGGAUGUCGGUGCGAUGUGAUGGACAGUGGUAACAUGUCAGCGUACAUAGAUCUUGUGUUCAUAUCCCAGAUGUACUUUGUGAAACAUUUGCAUGCCUAUGCUGUGUUUAAAAUGAUGGCUUCAAUAAGUGAUGGAGAAGAUAUUCUCAAGAUUUUUGAGAGUGGUGUGGGACAUAUUGACGAGAAUUUAAUUUUGCAGGCACUUUGUACCGUUCUUGUUAGACCAAUGAAGACAUGGAAAAGAGCUCGUUGGAUGAAAGAACUCUUUCAGUCAAGCCAUUCUAAAGACAUUGAUCAUAAUAUUCGUAUGAUCAUUCACCAUCCUUUGGACAUGAAUAGAUUAGUUUGCACCUGUGAUCAGUCACUUUCCUUGUAUAUGGUUAGUGAAAGUGUAUAUACAAAGCUUUGUUAAGUGUCUGCAGAAAGCAAAGCAGAUUCCUUCAAAAGUUUAUAUUUAUUAUGUAAUAUUCUUGUACAUAGCAUUUUCACUUUUUUUCAUUUAUGUAAUGGAAGUUUGAAAUAAUUGGUAAAAUUGUUAAACCUACAAUAUUCUGAGUUUCUAGUUAGCCAUACUUAUGCUAAUAAUGGGAACCAGGUUGAUUAAAGUUUUCAAUUGUAUGAAUAGUUUUGUAAAGUUAACAGUAAGAUAACUGAAAAUCUUGUUUACUUUUGUUUGUUAUCUAUGUAAAUUCUGUCUAUGUUGAUGGAUUCACUGCAUGCAAGCUGUACAAUCAUUUUAAACUGGCUCAGAUUUUUGUUUGUUUUACAAUGAUGAUAAAGUGUCCCAGUAACUUGAACCCGGUAUUAUAUUUUCUGUUUUUCUUGGAA